ACUCUCCGGCUACUGUCAGGUCCUGUCAGGCCUGACCCUGCUUGACUACCAUCUUCACUCUUCCUUCAGUUUCUCGAAACUCCCUUGGUUCCCAAUCAAACUCGAAAGUGCGCUAUUAGGCUUACAUACCUGUGUCUAUCAAUCAGCAAUGGCAAAAAAGCGCAAAGCAGUGGCAACGGCGCCACCAGAAAACGAGAAAACGAACACAAAGGCGGUCGACGGUGGCGUGAAGAAGCAGAAGAGGCUGGCAGGGAGGCAAGGUGCUCUCCGGUAUAUCAUGGAAAUUCCACUGGAUGUGCUUUUCGAGAUCCUCGGAUAUCUGGAUCCUAUUGAUAUUUUACGGUUGUCAAGGACAAGCAAGGGUCUUCGUCGUAUCUUGCUCUGUCGUUCAUCAAUGUCUGUAUGGAAAGCUGCGCGCAGGAACCUUAAGGUGCCUGACCCAAUUCCUUCGAUGAGCGAACCAAAGUUUGCAAACUUUCUGUUUGACCCUCGUUGUCAUUUUUGUUUGACCGCAACUGUUCACAAUAUUGCAUGGUGGGCCAAGUUGAGAUGUUGUAAGGCGUGUCUACCCAUCUAUUUUGCCUCUGCAUACGAGAUUCACGAGCGUGGCCUUCUUGUCAGCUUGGACAUUGAGAGCAUACUGUGGAAAGCACUGCCACGCUACCCUUUGGACAGUGGUUCGUGUGGCCAGAGACAAUGGCGUCGAGUGAACGAAGUCUACCUGAUUUCGGGAGCAGAAGAAUUGUCGCCUCAUGUUUCCGAUAUCGAAACUGUAGAAUCUACGAAAUGGAUUGUCACUAGAUUGGAGAGCCUUAUGCACGAUAUGGAGCAAUCCACGAUGUGCAAACAUUGGAUGGACAACCGGAAUUCCAACCGAGAGCGGGAGUUAUCUGACGCUCGUGAGUUGCGGUUCAACGCAAUCGUUGCCAAGUUGGAAGCUUCGGGCUGGGAUCAUGAAUUGACCUUUGCCAUCGGACGUGAAGACCUAAGGAAACACAAACUCGUAAAUCAACCCAAGCCGCUGACGGAUAGAAUCUGGCAGAAUAUCGAACAACCGAUUGCGGAGUUUAUGGAGACUGUUAAAUCCGAACGCUUGAAACGCGAACACAAGGCGAUAUGCGGGAAACGGUACAAAGUCCUGAUCUGCCUUCUCCGAGAGCGAGAAAAAUAUCUUCAGGACGAACAGGUUAUGCCUUCCUCAGUCGACGUUGCCUGCUGGGAGCCUAUCAAAUCAAUGAUCGAAGGCCCCCCAAAGGAAGAUGAAGGCGAAUUGACCAUGUACAAUGAAGCGCUGAAGGAGCUCCCACAGUUUAUCCAAGACUGGAAUCGAGAAAAAACACGACUACUACUCGCCGCUCUUCAGGCAGAAAAGCCCGAGGCGACAGAAGCUGAUCUCCGGUUAGCGACGACGGUGUUCCGCUGCCAACAUGCUCUCUGUAUGCGAUACAGUGUAGCACCGUUCCCCGGGAUUUUAACCCACCGAGCCUGUCACUACCGUGGCUUGGAACCGAACCCGUUACCGAAAUGGUUACCUUACAAUGCUCGACUUUCGUCAGAUUGUAAAUUUGGGUUGCACAAGUCAGGCUCGGAGAGUAUUAGGAAUAUUAUAGGGUUGUGUGGUUUGGAUCCUAGGACGACUACUGCCGAGGAUAUGCUUGCGAUGAACCCGCUUUUGGAAUGCAAGGAAUGUACUACUGAAUCUGGUGUGCGAUUAUUCAUGAGGUGGACGAGAGCGAUCACUCAUAGACAUGACGAUGACGACGAGAAUCCUGCUUCUGCAGCACCUCAGUUUGUGUUGGCGUCUGAGAAGGAAGAGAAGCUUGUUGGAGCUCAUGAAUCCAGUCAGGACAGAGAUACGUAUCAGUAUCGAGAUAGGCCUUGGUAUCGAUGUCAACAUUGCCGUGGUGCUUGUGGUACGUUGAAUCGUGUCAAGCGUCAUUUGAAGGAAGUCCACGAUAUUCAAACUCUUACAGAAACGGACAGCCAGAACUUCCGGUUUAUGGGACAUUUGAACUUGGAAGGGCCGUUCGCUGUUAGAGUUAUUCCGCCUGGAGUUCGGGAUUUGGAUUCGGACCUUAAUUUUGAUUCGUCGAGUUUGUAUCUCUGAUUAUGCCCUGGCUUGAGUUCAUUGCAUUUUUGAUUCUUUGAUUCGAAGGUCGUUAUUGUGCUUCCUUUUUUCUUCUUCUUCUCUUCAAGUACUGCGCUUCGGUCUGCAACUUAUCCUCGUCCUUGGAUUUUUCUUUGAUAAUGAAUAGUAUUAACUUAAUUACGCUCGUGCUUAACAGUUCUACUUGCACGAUAUAUCGAUAAUGGUCUUUUCGAGCUACCGCCAAAUCCAUCUUGAUCAUGACGACUCCUACCUCGGCCA